ACCUUCUUUCCUCAAAGAGGAGAAGUGGAGAAUAAGGACCUGCAAGGUAUCCUACUCUUCUCUCAAGGCGACUCUCAGCACAUCACCAUCCUCCCUGUUGUUCCUCAACGCAGAAGUGGAGACAUUUGGAUGGCAGUGGAUAAGCUCCCCAAAGUUUACAAAGGGGUGCCACCUUCCUCCAGCGAUAGAAUCUUUUUCCGAGGAAAGAUAAAAGUGACGUGGCAGAGGCACACAAUUACCAUGUUAUGGUCUAUGGACAGGCAGCUGGCAGGGUUACCACCAAUCAGUCCAGGGACCUUCUUUCCUCAAAGAGGAGAAGUGGAGAAUAAGGACCUGCAAGGUAUCCUACUCUUCUCUCAAGGCGACUCUCAGCACAUCACCAUCCUCCCUGUUGUUCCUCAACGC